ACAACACAGUAUUCAUCACCUUCCAUUGAUGCAAAGAGAGAAUCUACAAUGGCGAUAUCUUCUCUCCUGUUUCUCAUCUUCAUCUUUUACCCGACUCUACUUCUCCAUGCGUACUCCGAUCUCGAAACCCUUUUAGAUAUUAAAUCAUCCCUCGUCGGGCCUUCGGGCUCGGGCCUCCACGACUGGGUCGGGCCAUCGCCAUCGCCGCCGUCGGCGUCUUCUUCAUCAGCCCAUUGUUCGUUUUCCGGCGUCACCUGCGACGAAGACGGACGGGUGACGUCACUGAACGUCACCGGCGCCCCGCUCUCCGGGGUCCUUCCGCCGGAAAUUGGGCUUUUGAGUAAGCUCGUAAACCUCACACUUGCCGCCGGUAAUUUGACCGGGCCUCUGCCUGUUGAAAUGUCUGAGUUAACGUCGUUAAAGCACGUUAACCUCAGCUGGAAUUUGCUUAACGGCGUUAUCCCCGGUGAAACGGUGCUGAGACUCGCUGAGCUGGAAGUUUUCGACGUGUACAACAACAACUUCACCGGGAGCUUGCCUGCCGAGUUUGUGAAGCUGAAGAAACUCAAGUUCCUUAAACUCGCCGGCAACUAUUUUUCCGGCGUUCCGGCGAUUUACUCCGAGUUCGAGAGCUUGACUCACUUGGCUCUACAGGGCAACAGUUUGACCGGAAAAAUCCCUUCCGGCCUGGCCAGAAUUCCGAACCUUCUGGAACUGUACCUCGGGUAUUACAACACGUACUCCGGCGGUAUUCCGCCGGAAUUCGGCUCCAUAUCAUCUCUUCAGCUACUCGAUCUCGGUAUGUGUAAUCUCACCGGCGAAAUUCCGGCGACCCUCGGAAACCUCAAACAUCUCCACACACUGUUUCUUCAGGUAAAUAACCUGACGGGGCUAAUUCCGGCGGAGCUCUCUGGAUCGACGAGCUUGAUGUCGUUGGAUCUCUCGAUUAACAACCUCAGCGGAGAGAUUCCGGCGAGUUUUUCCGAGUUGAAGAAUUUAACGUUGAUUAAUUUGUUCCAGAACAAAUUCCAGGGCCCACUCCCCGGUUUCAUCGGCGAUCUCCCCAAUUUAGAAGUUCUACAGAUUUGGAACAACAAUUUCACGCUCAGCCUGCCGGAGAAUCUCGGCCGGAACGGAAGGCUGUUGCUCCUCGACGUCACUAAAAACCACCUGACCGGGAAUAUUCCGGCGGAUUUAUGCAGAGGGGGGAGAUUGAAAACCCUAAUUCUGAUGGAUAAUUACUUUUACGGCCCUCUCCCCGAAGAGCUCGGCGAGUGCAAAUCGCUGACGAGGAUUCGGAUCAAGAAGAACUUCCUGAACGGGACAAUUCCGGCGGGGUUUUUCGCCUUGCCGGAGCUGGACAUGCUCGAGCUCGACGAUAAUUUCUUCACCGGAGAUCUGCCGGAGGAGAUCUCCGCUACUAGUCUCGCGAGCCUCACGCUCUCCAACAAUUGGAUUGCCGGAAAAAUACCACCGGCGAUUGGGAACCUGACGAAUCUCGAGAUCCUAUCCCUCGACAUGAACAGAUUCUCCGGCGAGAUUCCGGCUGAGAUUUUCGACCUCUCGAAGCUCUCGAAGCUGAACUUCAGCGACAACCGCUUCACCGGCGAAAUUCCGGCGUCCGUCGCCUCCAGUACCCACCUGACAUUCAUCGAUUUCAGCCGGAAUAAUUUAAUCGGAGAAAUUCCGAAAACUAUUCCUCGGCUACAAAUUCUUAGUGUACUGAACCUAUCGAGAAACCAACUCAACGGAAAAAUUCCCGGCGAAAUUGGACUGAUGAAAAGUUUAACCGUUUUAGAUCUUUCUUACAACGAAUUUUCCGGUAGACGCCCCUCGACCGGACUGUUAAAAGAUCUAGAUGACCGAUUCUUCAUCGGUAACCCUAAUCUCUGUCCACCUCACACCACCUAUUGUCCUUCGGCAUUGACUCCACCGAACGGGUCCUACAAAAGAACUCAUUCCUCGAAAAUCGCGAUCAUAAUAAUCGUACUCGUUUUCGUUCUAAUGAUUCUACCCGGAAUUUGGGUUUUAUUCAGGAGGAGAAAUCUGAAAAAAUCGAGAUCGUGGAAGCUAACAGCGUUUCAAAGACUCGACUUCCGAUCCGAAGAUGUUCUAGAAUGUUUGAAAGAGGAGAACAUAAUAGGCAAAGGUGGGGCGGGGAUUGUCUACAGAGGGUCCAUGCCAAACGGGAUCGACAUCGCAAUCAAACGCUUGACUUGCCGAGGCAACAGCCGCGGAGAUCACGGAUUCAUGGCCGAGAUUCAGACACUCGGCCAAAUCAGGCACAGGAACAUCGUACGCCUCCUGGGGUAUUUAUGUAAUAACGACACGAAUUUGUUGCUGUAUGAGUACAUGUCUCACGGGAGCUUGGGCGAGAUGAUACAUGGAUCCAAGGGCUCGCAUUUGCAGUGGGAAUCGAGGUACAGGAUUGCGGUUGAGGCGGCAAAAGGGUUGUGCUACUUGCACCACGAUUGCUCGCCUUCGAUUAUUCACAGGGAUGUGAAAUCGAAUAAUAUUUUGCUCGAUUGUGAUAAUGAAGCACACGUGGCGGAUUUUGGCCUCGCAAAGUUUUUCCACGAGGCUGGUGUUUCUGAGUGUAUGUCGUCAAUUGCGGGCUCGUAUGGCUACAUCGCACCUGAAUACGCCUACACGCUGAAAGUAGACCAAAAGAGCGAUGUAUACAGCUUCGGUGUAGUUCUAUUGGAACUGAUUGCAGGGAAGAAACCGGUCGGGGAAUUUGGUGAUGGUGUGGAUAUUGUGAGGUGGGUUCGCGAAACGGUGACCGAACUUCCACACCCGACCGAUGCAGCCUCUGUGCUGGCGGUGGUAGACCAUAGGCUGACCGGAUACCCACUAGCGGCGGUGGUGAACUUGUUCAAGAUUGCGAUGAUGUGCGUGGAGGAAGAAAGCUCCGAUCGGCCGACGAUGAGGGAGGUUGUUCACAUGCUCACCAAUGCUCCUCCACCUCAAUCCACCACCACCACCACUAAACUUAUAUGACAACUCUUUAAUCAAAGAAUUAAGGGAUAUUGAUUAUGUAAUUUAUGUGGUGUUGUGUUUGUAAUUUUUUGGUGGAAAUAAAAUUGGCAAAUGUAGAUGUAAAAUAAAAUUUGCCUUUGUAUUUGAGAGAAGGUUGGUGUAAUGUUUAUAUGUGAUUUGGUGGUGGUUUUAUAAUCCAUAGUUCAAUAAGCACUUAAUUAAUGCGUAAUUAUAUAUCACUUUGUUUGCAUGUUUAGUGUAAUGUUUUAUGUGAUUUCCUGGUAAUGUAUUAAUCCAUAGUUUAAAAGGUUGUAUGUGUAAUUUUAUUUUGAAAA